AUGUCAGAUAAUAAAAAAGAUUUUGAAAAGUUAUGCUUUGCGUGUAGAACAGGAGAUGUGGAUAUAAUUGAAUCUCUGAUAUCGAAUGGCGUUAACCUGAAUAGUGUCGAUAAAUUUGAUAACUCGCCGUUAUUCUUAGCUAGCUUGUGUGGCCAUGAAUCAGUUGUUACUCUGUUACUUCAACGAGGAGCGGUUUGUGAUCGAGACAGAUAUGAAGGUGCAAGGUGCAUUUAUGGAGCAUUGACAGAUAGAAUACGAGAUAUAUUACUUGCAUACGAUGUAUCCAAAGCAGUUGACGUGGUUCAGCCAUUUGCUACACAUAUUUCAUCACUUUUGAGAGAACCCAUUGUACCAACUAGUGAUUUAGCAGUCUUUUUUGAAGGAUCAGAUGCUGCAUAUAAUCUACACAAGUUUAUCAUCCAAGCAAAUUGUAGUGUAAUGGUAACUGAUUUUCAUAUCGAGAGUUUAACAGAUAAACUUAUAUUAAAUAAUUUUCCAAUAAAAAAUGAGAAUGAGGUAAUGAAAAUGGAAGAUAGGUUAUUAUCACUAAUAAUCAAGUUUAUUUACCUAGUUCCAAUAUUGUAUGAAAUUAAACCUUUGGAUUAUUCAAUCUUAAGAAAAUAUGCUGAUCAUUUUAAAUUAGAUAUAUUAUCUCAAUUCAUUGAUCAGAUAUAUCAUGUCGCAGACCCUUCAACAAAAUCAGCGCUAAUGAUAGAGUUUCAAACAAGAAUUACCGAAACAUCCAGAGCUAAUUUUAAUGACUUUCUCAACCGUUAUAUAUUACAGAGUUAUAAGGAAUACUCAACUGAAGAUACCAUUAAUCAUGAAGAUAUCCAUAAUGUAAUAAGUUCUAAUUGCGGUUUUCCAGAUACAAUUAUUAAAGUUAUGGACUUCCAUUCAAAAGUGCGAUUCUACCCCUGUCAUAUAGCCAUGAUAUCUCGUUGUCACUAUUUUGAGAUGAUGUUUGCAUUGCCAAUGUCAGAAAAUAACCAGUAUUAUUUUAAGACAAAAUUGAACUUCCAAGACAAUAAAACAAUGCCAAUUUUAGCUUUUCCUCAAUGCAAUUUUGACGUUUUUGAAACGAUAAUCAAAUAUUUUUAUUGUGAUGACGCUAAUAUACCAUGGAGUUGUGCAUUAGAUACGCUGAAAGUAGCUGAUUUUUUAAUGGAUGAUCGGUUAAAAUCUAUGGCUGCAGUAAGUGUAACACAAUCAGAGGAAAUAUUAAAAAUUCAUUCAAUAUACGACAUAUUAUAUACUGCUUGGAAUGCAAGAAUUGAAAGACUUGAACAUUAUGUUGCCAAAAUAUUUGCAGAUAACUUAAAUUAUUAUCAUUCAAUGCCUGAAUUUUAUGAUGCAAUUUUAAUGAGUUCUAAUAGAAUCUCUGAAAGACAAGAUACGGAUACAAUUGAAUUAGUGGAUGAUAUUAGGUAUUAUUUGUUAGAAAAGUAUUCAUUUGAACCUGACGAUAUAGAGUUCUUUGAAGAAGAAACUGAUGUCGCUUUAUUAAAAAGUUCAGGAAUUUUAGAAUAUAAAAAUGACAUCAGAUUAAUUGAAAAGGUUCUUGAGAAACUGAAACUAAAUGCUUAA